CCUAUCCGUCAUAACAAAACAGUUACUUUUCCUUGCGUGAUGUCGAAAGGAGUUCGCGAAUUAUAAUCAAAGACUGCGAUUUUGAGUCCCUCUCUUUGGGCCUGUCCGGUCAUUAACCUCCGCCAAAAUCUGGAACCGGUUCUCGCGCCUACGCAUAAUCCCCCGAAGGAAAAUAAUCAAUCCCGCAGGAACCCAUCAGAAAGCAGAUCCGCAAAACCGGUUAACAGUUUCGUCCGAACUUCGGUUUGUUUUGUGUGCGAUUUCCAGAUUAAAAUCUGCAAGCAGUCGCGAGUCGGUUCACCUACAAUGUCAGCAGGAAACAAGAAAACGAAAACGGCUCAUGCAUAAAAAUGAGCUUCUGGAGGCGCACCUAAGGCAGUCUGUAGAAAGAAGUGGUUUGGCUUGGCAGCAUUCGGUUUGCUGCGGUCGGAAGCGGGAAUCGGUCGCGUUUGAUUCGGCUUAUCGGAAGAAAGUGUGUCUAUUGUUUUUUAUUUUGGUGAGAAAGAUUAAGUUUUGAGUUAAACACUGGAAAGGGGAAGGGGGAGUUCGUUGUGCAAGUGGUUGAGUCUCUAUCUGACGCUGAGCUUCGGAAAUAGUGCGUGAAAGUAUAUCAACUCGUGUGUACUGAAUUUGGUGAUACCAUGGCGGCGCAUCUGCUGCUGAUACGACGACUAUCUCUGUUGAUUUGUUGUUUGCUCACCGUCCAAUGGGCGACUGGCCAAGAAUCGGAUAGCGCUCCGGUGUGGGGUUACCGAUGCGUCAACAGUCGCUGCCAAAAGGUGGCCCUCGACGGCGCUUCAGGAAGCGAGUCGAAAGCCGUUAGCCUGUCGGUGUGCCGUCUGUACUGCGACGGCGAGUUUGGCACAGUAUGGCCUCGACCGACCGGUGACUUCCGACUGGGUAACAACCUGAUCCGGGUGAAUCCGGGAGCGAUCGAGUUUCAGUGGGGUAAGCGAUACGAAGCGUUGAACAAGUAUUGGGGGGGUAGCGUGGAGCGAUUCCGGGAUCAGUUGCUAAAGAAAGCGGCAGGGGAGGAGAUCAGGUCCGGUGGGAAGAAGGUAGCGGUGAAGGUUGACGUUGGUGGAGACUCAUUGGUGCUGAACCAUGAAACCGACGAAAGUUACAAGUUGGCAAUUCAUGGCGGUGAGGAUGAUCAAGUGCAGGUGACGAUCGAGGCUGCUAAUUACUUCGGAGCGCGACAUGCUCUGGAAACCUUGGCUCAGUUGAUGGUCUUCGACGACAUCCGCAACGAGCUCCAAGUGGUAGCUGAUGUCGAGAUCCAAGAUGCUCCGGUUUAUCCUCACCGAGGCUUGGCGUUGGAUACAUCCAGAAAUUACGUCAGUGUCGCUGCGAUCAAGAAGACGAUUGACGCUUUGGCCAUGGUUAAGAUGAAUGUGUUCCACUGGCAUAUUACAGAUUCGCAGAGUUUCCCUCUGGUCAUAAAAUCGCAACCAACUCUACACACGUUUGGAGCGUAUUCUAGAAAGCAAAUCUACACUGCGGCUAACGUUCAGGACAUCGUCCAGUAUGCUCUGACCCGUGGAGUUCGAGUCAUUCCAGAGUUGGAUGCCCCGGCCCAUGUCGGAGAAGGUUGGGAGAAAACCAAUCUGACCACCUGUUUCAACUUCCAACCGUGGACCAAAUACUGCGUUGAGCCUCCCUGCGGUCAGUUGGAUCCCACGAAAGACAAGGUAUACGACGUUCUGGAGGACAUCUACCGCGAGAUGAACGACAUGUUCACACACUCUGAUGUGUUCCACAUGGGUGGCGACGAAGUCUCGCUCAGCUGUUGGAACUCCAGCGUUGAAGUUCAACAAUGGAUGAAGGCUCAGGGCUGGGGUCUUCAAGAAGUCGAUUUCCUGAAAUUGUGGAACCACUUCCAGACGAAUGCCCUCCAACGCUUAGACAAAUCGCUCAAGGACAACCGUCCGAUCGUGAUGUGGACAAGUCGCCUGACAGAGGAACCCUACGUCGACCAAUACCUGGACAAGGAUCGUUACAUCAUCCAAAUCUGGACCACCGGUGACGAUCCGAAGAUUGCUGCCCUGCUCGAGAAGGGCUACAAACUGAUCAUGUCCAACUACGACGCUCUUUAUCUGGACUGUGGCUUCGCUGGUUGGGUUCAGGGUGGUAACAAUUGGUGUUCGCCUUACAUCGGAUGGCAAAAGGUCUACAACAAUGAUCUAAAAUCGCUCGGUGGUCAAUACUCGUCGCAGAUUCUCGGAGCUGAAGGAGCUCUUUGGACUGAACAGGCCGAUCACCACUCGCUGGAUGGACGCUUCUGGCCACGAGUCAGUGCCCUGGCCGAACGUCUUUGGACAGAUCCCCGCGAGGGCUGGCAAUCGGCCGACUCACGAAUGCUGGUCCAUCGAGAGCGGCUGGUCGAGAAUGGAAUCGCCGCCGAAAGCUUACAGCCCCAGUGGUGUCUGCAAAACGAGGGCGAAUGCCCGAUCGUGCAAAACCCGUAGGGUUCCUCCUGUCGUUCAACGUGCAAUUGUGAUUCGAAAUCCGUCGCAGCAAUAAUUAUUAUUAGCUUAGUAGGCAUUUCAGGUUUGAUUCGGUGAUGAUUAAUACUCACGCUACUGGAAUUCUGAGGAUGCUUCGAAAUCUGUCCAUUCCACUAAAACAAAUUGAGAAACGAAAUGAAACUGCUCUUUUUUUAUAAAAUCAAAUUAUACUUAUUAUUUCGGAUUUAA